AUGUCUUCUUCUUCUCACGCUUACGAUAAAAAAUAUAUUUCAAUUGGCUGCAAUAGAUCAACAAACGCUGCAGAUAUCAAUUAUAAAGGUUUUGUUGCUUUCGGUGGUGGUAAAUACGUUUGUAUCUGGAAUCCAAAUGAUACACGCUGUAAAGGCGUAAGCCAUACUCUACAAGGACAUAGCGGUGAUGUUAGAAUUGUCAAAUACCUUCAAUCAUUCAAAUAUUCAAACGAUUUGGUAUCAGGGUGUACAAACGGUAAAAUUAUCAUUUGGAAUGAUCAAUACGCUCCAAUUACAUCUAUAGACGCACACUCUAAAUCAAUUUCUGCAAUUGGUACUCUAAAUGCUCCCUUUGUUGAUAGGAAUAGUCACUUGCUAGUUACCGCUGGAUCAGACUCUCUACUUAAAGUUUGGAAUAUCGUUGAUUCUAAGACGGAACAGAUUCAGUCUAUCGACUUAGCAGGUAGAUUUGCUCUAGAUGUUAAUAUCUCUCUACUACCUCACUCAAAUACUCCUAUUAUGGCUCUUUCACUCACUAACAAUCGCAUCGAAAUCUGGAUAAUGGUUAACAACUCCUUCGUUAAGGCCUUGAGCUUAGAGGGUCACGAGGAUUGGGUUAGAGCACUCUCAUUCGCUAAUUUCCCAUCCGAUAACGGUGAUAAUCUUGUUCUUGCUAGUGGUUCUCAGGAUGGUUACAUUAGACUUUGGAACAUUACCACCCAUCUCGAUAACAAGCCAAACCUUCAAGUGAAUCUAGAUAAAUCUACUCUCAAUAGCGCUCUUUUAGAUGAUUUCGAGAGGAAAAUGCAGGAAUCGGACGCUACAACGUCUAGUCUUUCAACUAAAUCUCAUGUGUUCACAGAUCAGAAUACCUCUAAACAAUACAAACUCAACUUUGAAGCUUUGUUACUGGGUCAUGAUAGCUGGAUAACCGGUCUCCAUUGGCAUCCUGUACAGUGGGAGUCAGAUAGUAAAUAUAUACAGCCGCAAUAUCUAUUAAGUGCUUCAGCAGACAAAUCUAUGAUUCUAUGGGCACCUCAAUCUGAUGGUAUGUGGAUGAAUGAGAGAAGAUUCGGUGAAUUCGGUACAGGUGGAUUAGGUUUCUUUGGUGGACUUUUCUCUCCGAAUGGUAAAGAGGUCUUUGCUCACGGUCUCAACGGUAGCUUCCACAGAUGGGUGCACACACCCGAGAUGGGGCUGUGGCAACCAGAAUUAGCAAUCACUGGACACCCCAACCCAGUCAAAGAUGUCGUGUGGGAUCCAAACCAUCAAUUCUUUUUAUCGGCGUCUCUCGACCAGUCUACUCGCCUGCAUGGUCCAUGGAAGAGAAAUGGUGUCGAAUCGUGGCAUGAAUUAAACAGACCUCAGUCGCAUGGAUAUGAUAUGCAAGCGCUUGCUUUCAUUGGUGGUGAUUCUUCCCAAAUUGCUAGUGCGGCGGAUGAGAAGAUUGUCCGAACAUUCGAAGCACCAAAAGGAUGGAUCAGGAGUGCGAAGAAGUUAGGCGUAAUUGAUGAUAAUGUGGAUGAAGAAAGUCGUCCACUCGGUGCAUCCCUCCCUCCUCAGUCGCUUUCCAACCGUCUAGUCAAGAAUGACGAACAUCCUGAUGAGUUGAAGCUCAAGGAGGAGGAUAAAGAUUGGAGUUUGAGUCAUAGCUAUGGUACUCAGCUUGCUAAACCACCAGUUGAGGAGCAGCUGGUGACUAGUUUAUGGCCUGAAUCCAACAAAUUAUUCGGACACGGCUAUGAGUUGUUCAGUAUCGCAGCUGCUCAUCACUCCAAUUUACUAGCAACGGCUUGUAAGGCUCAGAGUGCAAAGCAUGCAGUUGUGAGAAUAACUGAUGCAAUCAAGGGUAUGCAUUAUGGUAAUCCUCUCGAAGGACAUACCCUUACCAUCACAAGUAUACAGUUUUCGCCUGAUGACAAAAUGAUACUAAGUGUGAGUCGAGAUAGAACAUGGAGACUAUUCGAGAAAGCGUCAGACAAGGAAGAGUAUAUUGCCGUCGCUGCUAAUAAAUCUCAUGGACGUAUCAUAUGGGAUUGCCAAUUCAGCAAUUGCGGUAAUGCAUUCGUCACAGCAUCACGCGAUAAGACUGUAAGAGUGUGGUGCAGAUCCGCAGGUAGCAAGGACAAUAGCAGUUGGGAUGCAGUAUGUGUGCUGAAAUUUGACGAGGCUGCAACAGCUGUGUCAAUGUCAGGAAAAUUACUGGCUGUUGGUUUAGAAAAUGGGCUAAUCGAAAUAUACGAAAAGAACGGUGAAAAUUUUGAUAGCUGGACAAAGCGCGCGAGUGUGGAAGAGCAUAACGGAUUCAUAAACAAAAUACGCCUAAGAAAUAGAUCUCUACUGAGCUGUUCAGAAGAUAAUAAAAUAGCUUUAUUGGAAUUGAAAUAA